GGCCGGGCCGGGCCGGGCCUUGCGCCGCGCUAUGGCGCUGCCGGCGCUGUCGAGCUCGGGGGUGAAGUUCCGGCGGGUCCUGGCGCACUUCCCUCAGGAGCUCAGCCUGGCCUUCGCGUACGGGUCUGGGGUGUUCCGGCAGGCGGGGGACAAGGCCGGGCCCGGCGAGAACAACAUGCUGGACUUUGUGUUUGCUGUUGAUGAUGCUGUGACGUGGCAUAUGAUGAACUUAACAAAGAACAGGAGUCAUUAUUCCUUCCUAAAACUUUUGGGGCCAAAACAGAUAAACAGUGUGCAGAAUUACGGAGCAGGGAUUUACUACAAUACGUUAGUGCCAUGUAAUGGUAGGAUGAUAAAAUAUGGUGUAAUUAGCACUGAUACCCUGAUUGAUGAUUUACUCCACUGGAAAACCCUCUACGUGGCUGGACGCCUACAGAAGCCGGUGAAAAUCCUGACACAGAAUGAGAAUAGCAAGCUACAAGCUGCUCUUGUGAGCAAUCUGAAGAGUGCAGUCACAGCAGCCUUUCUCAUGUUACCAGAAAGCUUCUCAGAAGAAGACCUCUAUAUGCAGAUUGCAGGACUCUCCUAUACUGGUGAUUUCAGAAUGAUAGUAGGAGAAGACAGAUCGAAAGUGCAGAACAUAGUGGAACCUAAUGUUCCCCAUUUUCAGAAGCUGUACAGUAACAUACUACAGGACUGCCCUCAAGUGGUAUACAAGCACCAUCUGGGAAGGCUAGAGAUAGAUAAAAGUCCAGAAGGACAAUUUGCACAAUUGAUGUCUUUGCCAAGGACUCUGCAACAAAAGAUAACUUCUCUGGUAGACCCUCCUGGAAAAAACAGGGAUGUGGAAGAAAUACUAUUGCAAGUUGCCCAUGACCCUGACUGUGGAUUUGUGGUACAUCAAGGCAUUUCAAGAAUUGUGAGAUCUUCCAGUGUAGUGCAGAGUGCUAAAACCAUACUAACAGCUGGGGCAAAGAAAUCUGUAACUUACAGCAUGAAGAAAUUAUAUAAAAUGACAAAGGGAUGGUUGAGGAAAACAUCUUGAAUCUUGACAUACUGUGUAUGGGUAAAUAAAUGGUACUUUUUCACUGAAUACUUUGCAGAUGUUGCUUUGCCUACUUGAGAAGAUGGUAUAUUUAAGAAGUCUGUUUGAAUAAUUUACAUGCUCAAUUUUAGUACUGAAAGAGGGCUUUUGUUAGUGGGGGAAGGUUCCACGGUGAUAGGGCAAAGGAAUUAUACUCUGUAAAUACUGUGAUGAAUUCUCCUGUACACUAUAGCUUGGAUUUUCAGAAAUCAGGUUGUACUUAUGAAUUAAAACCCAAAGCCACUCCUUUUCUAUGCAUUGCUAGCUUUAUUUUCCAAGGUACCCUCAGGCUCUUUCAAAAUAUUCACUGUCCCAGGUUUAGUUCUGCCAGGGACGUGUGGAGCUGGAGUCCAUUGAGUUGUAAGUAGAUAUGAAACUGUCCUCUUAAAACACGUUAUUUCUUCAUGUACAGGUUCAGCGUUAGGAUUCUUUUGAGGAUGUUUACUGGGUGCUUCUGCAGGGUGGACUUCAGGAAAAGUCAGGGUUUUCCCAGAUGUGUGACAUGCUGAAUCUAAAAACCCUUAGCCAUGACUUUCAGUGUGAGAAAGAGUGUUUGAAAUGAGAGGCUUGUCGCAUAUCAGAUCUUUUCAUUCAAAUUGGAUGUUCCUUUCCCGAGACUGAGAGGACAACUGCCCAGUUCAUGGCUAAGCAUUGCCAGAAGUGUCCUCAUUAGAAGGAAAGUGACCUUCGGGAGCUACUUAAACGGAUUAAUGAAAUGUGUGUUGUUUGGCAGAAGAUUCUGAGUCCUUUAAAGUUUAUGAACAAAAGUACCUAUUAUUUAAUUGAUUCCUUAUUCUUGUUUUCCUGAAAAUACUGUCCACAAAGAUAACAUUGUUCUCCCUUGCUUAAUUCAAUUAGCUAACCUAAAGAAAACUGGAUUUGUACAUAACAUAGUACAUUAAACAUGCCGUUAAAGAAUGGACAUUUCUGGCAGUAUUGAUGUGCUGGAGCACAAUAAAUCUGGAGCAUCUGUUGUCAAUAGAAUAUUUCUUGCCCUGAGUUGGGUGGGCUUGUGGAUUUUGGAUGUUUUUCUCAAUAAAAUAAAUGGCGAGAACAUUUCACUUGUGAGAGUGUCAAUGCUAAAAAUAAUUGAAAGGUAAAAAAUGGAAAUAAAAUGUACCAUUCCUGAUCAGCA